AUGACCAGCGGCCCUGGAGGUGGUGGAGCACUCGGGGGCGGUGGGCAACCAGCGCAGCAGCAGCAGCACAGCGGCAGCAGCAACACUAAAUGUGGCAGCAGCAGCAGCGGCAGCAACAACAACAGCAGCAGCGAACGCAGCAGCGCAGCAACAGCAGUGAACAGCAGCAGCAGCACUGGAGCAGUAACGACAACAGCUGCAACUGGUGGAUCGCUGCAGCGCCGCGUCCUGCGCGGCCAUGCGGCGCAGACAACCAGUGGAGAGCGCGUGCUGCUGAUUAACUAUGUGCCGCAGUCGGGGACAUCCGCAUCAGCAGCAGCAGCAGCAGGAACAUCCACAACCUCCACAGUCAGCGCAUCACAGUUGCCCACACGCAAAAUACUUCAGGCCAGAGCCACAGCAGCAGCAGCAGCAGCUGCUGCAUCAGCAUCGACAGCAUCAACAUCAGCAGCUAGCAGCACACAGGCAACGACGCCGUCUGUGUCCUUUGCUGGUCUUGGCUCUGAGGUGACAGUUACCCUGACGCGCACCAAUCAGCGCGCCAGCGUGACCAAUGUCACAGCCGCCGGUCAUAUUGUUAGGAAUCAGCAAACCGUCUAUCAAACAACCACCACAUCCGCAGCUGGCGGAUCAACCAGCUCGACAAGCGUCCACGAGCCAGUGCAGCACUUGGUGGCACCAACAUCGCCGCCGCCGCUGCGCUGGCAGCAGCAACCGCACGAGUACCAACACGACCACCACUUGGUCGAGGAGGAGCACAUUAUCAUCGAUCAUCAUCAGCAAGCAGAGGCGGAUGAUCACCUCAUCGAGUACGACCACCAUCAUCACCUGCAGCACCAACACCAUCAGCUGGAUCUACAGGAGGAGCUGCACGAUCCCGAUGGACAACAGCAGCAGCAUCACGACGUAGUCCAGGAGGUUUACCUGCAAUAGAACAACAGUGUUACAUAAGCAAACCCCAAUCCAUUACCAAUUAUCCAUGUAGUACACACAAAUAAAUAGCUGUUAGAUUCCUCUAAGUUUCGAUCACAUUGAGCUUUUCCAAUGGAUAUAUGCCUAAGUAUGUGUUUUACGAUCCCAGACAUACACAUGUAUAUGUGUGAGCCGGGCUGGUUCUACACACUCAGCAUAUUUAUUGAAUU